AUGCAACUAUGGAUAUUAGUCAUAGGUGUUCGAGCUUCUCAUUACAAAGGUGGCUUAAUUAAUUGGAAACCCGUUGAUCCAUAUACCAAUUCCAGUAGUGUUGAAGUUAUAUUUUAUCAAUCACAUUCAUGGACAUUGAGUCGUCUCAAUUGCGAUCAAGCACUGAUUGAUAGUUUAGGUCUCUAUGUAGAUGGAACUGUUUUCACCAAUGAACCAUUUAUUGCAUGCCAAUCAACUGGAGGCUGUUUAGGAACAGGAUUUACCACUAUUUCUCAGCCCACUUAUUGUACUGAUUUUUCCAAUGCUGUAAAAAUUAGUAGUGGAGCUUUAAUUUCAAGAAUGACUCUAGACCGUAAUACGGACAUUCUAGUUGGAUUUAUCGGAAGUGCUUGGGCUGACGAAAUCAAACAGCCGUCCAACGCUGGCGCGACUUAUUGGCGUGUGAUUACUCAUAUUGAUCUCACACAAAAAUAUCCUAUCAACUCAUCACCAGUUACUGGAUCUCUGCCUCUUAUUCGUGUCAUCGAAGGACAAACAACCAUCAUUCAGAUUCCAGCAGCUGAUUGGGAUCGAACUGAUGAUAUUCGUUGUCGCUGGGCUAGUAGUUCAGGUCCUGCUGGAGAUGAAUGUGGUGAUAUAUGCAAUAAUUUACCAGGUGCUGUUCUAUCGUCAAGUGAAUGCACAAUAACAUGGAAUGCUGUUAGACGAUCAAUCGAUGCAUCUUUGACUACAAGCACUUAUGUAGUAGCAAUCAUGCUGGAAGACUUUGUGAAUACUGCAAGUACUACUCCUAUGAGUUCGGUUCCAUUACAAAUGCUCAUUUAUACUUAUCAACCAGCAUCGGGAGCUUGUAGUGUCAUACCGGCAGUGAUUGGUGAUCGUCCUAAUCGUGCUUGUAUUGGCGUUUUACCUGAUGUACAACAUGUUGAACGUAUUGUUGCUGCUGUUUAUUGUACUGGUGAUUACAUCACUGAAUUCGUCACUAUUUCACCUUUGUAUAUGAAGAAAACAACUAUAACUGCUGUUAGUGGUACUACUAAUCAAUGGUAUAUCACACUUACAUGGACACCAACAACUGAUCAGAUAGGACCUCAAGUAAGUUUUAUUAUGUGCCGAUGA